UAUGGAAUAUAGGUUGAGAAGUUUGAAUCACUGACCAAAUUAAGUAUGUAUAUAAGGUAGGGAAGCAACGUAGUUUGUGAGUUCUGAAUCAAUGAUAUCCGAAUCAACUGACCAUAUUGAAGAAUCAGACAUCUUUUGCUGAAUUUGUGAACAUAAUCCAAGCAAGGAAGAUGGAAGGGCUGUUAGAGUCGGCUCGUCCGUUCUUGCGGGGUGAGCUGGAGUCGAUCGACAAGAAGCUGCCAUCGCUAGUGAGAGUGUUGCAGUCAGUUGGGGCCGGGGAAUGCUGGCACAAGCACGGCACAUUUCUGGAGCACCUGGUCGACAUCUACCGCAUUCUCAAGAUAUGGAAGGCCCCUGAUUCCGUCUGCCUCUGCGGCCUCUUCCACUCCGCUUACUCCAACUCGUACGUCAAUCUCGCCAUCUUCGACACUUCCACCGGCCGCGACGUCGUUCGCGGCCAUGUGGGGGAGGCCGCCGAGCGCUUGAUUCACUUGUUCUGCAUCGUCCCAAGGCAGCCCCUCAUUCAUGAUGACCUCCUCUUCCACUACACCGACGACGAGCUCCGCCUCCAUCUCAAACAAUCCGAAUCCGAAGCCAAUGAGAAUUGUGCUUGGAGGAAGAAAGUGCAGAGCCUUGUUCCUGCUGACGGGAUCAGAGUGAAGCACAUAAAGACGGGCGAGGAGGUGUUGAUAUCGAGGAGGAUCGUGGCGACGUUCGUGCUGAUGACGAUGGCAGAUUUCAGCGACCAACUGUUUGGGUUCCAGGACGAGCUGUUUGAGAACGGCGACGGGCGGCUCGACUACAGCGGCAACAAGUAUGGAGCACUGUGGCCCGGGGACGGCAAACCAGGGCUUUGGAUGAACUCCAUCUCAAGGAUGGGUGCUCUCUACACCCUCCUCCUCAGGGAGGAGCAAGUCUUUAUUCGACAGAGAGGUAAUAUUGACAUUGAUAUAUCUCGAGACGAACAUCUCCAACUCCUGGUGGCACCUGUGUUUGAGAAUUGCACCAGAGUUUUGGAUGCAGUGGAGCAAUUAGCUGCCAGGGACCUCUACUGGGAAGUCAUUUGUGAUUCUGCUUCGGAUUCUCCUUCACUGUUGAAGAGUUGCAUUGAGAAAAACCCUUUCAUCGGAGAGCCGCAUGUCGUGUUGGCUCAUGUUCAUUUGACACAGGGAAAGUACGACGAGGCUGAGAGAGAAGCUGAGACGGGGCUGAGGCUUUUGCUGGAAUGGGCCAGUUCUUGGGACAAGAGGAUGUCUUGGCAAGGAUGGAUUUCGUGGGCCAGGGUUCUAUUGAUGAAGGCACAGGAAAAAUCGUGGCCUCAAACAUCCUGGGGCAUUCUCAAUUUGGGCCUCGUCAAGUAGAACUACCCAUCAUUUUAGGUUUUAGCUGACUGGUUAGCAAUGAUGGAUGCUUGAAUAAGUCAACACCAAUCCAUAAAUAUUGGUGUGUGUAUGGCAUAAUACUUGCGUCAUUAUAUUAAAAAUAUAUAUUUUUGUGCUGAUGUUUGAAUUUUAAUUUUUCAAGGUGGUAUAUCAGAAUAUUUCUUGAUCAGAUUCAAAGGAUUA